UGAGGGAAGCAGCCGGCUCUAGCUUCCCCCCGCCUCGCGCCCGGCGUGGUCUCUCCCGGAAGCGCCGCCAUCUUGCGAAGCCGGCCCGAGGCGGCGCAGGGAGCCGAGCGGCUGCGGGUGGGUCUCCGGGGGCAGGUGAGGGCGGCGGCCGGCAGGAGGAGCUCGGGCCGGGCCGGGCAGGAGCGGCGCAGAGCCCGCGGAGAGCGCGACCCGCCUCGCGCAGAGUGAAGACUGGAAGUGCUAGAGAAGUGCAUAGCUGCAGCUCAAAGAAAAUGAAUGGUACACUGGAUCACCCAGAUCAACCUGAUCUAGAUGCUAUCAAGAUGUUUGUGGGUCAGGUCCCACGGAGCUGGUGUGAGAAAGAUUUAAGAGAACUUUUUGAACAGUAUGGUGCUGUCUAUGAAAUCAAUGUCUUGCGAGACAGGAGCCAGAACCCUCCUCAAAGCAAAGGGUGCUGUUUUGUUACAUUUUAUACCCGUAAAGCUGCACUAGAAGCACAGAAUGCUCUUCACAACAUGAAGAUUCUCCCAGGGAUGCACCAUCCUAUCCAGAUGAAACCAGCUGAUAGUGAAAAGAAUAAUGCAGUAGAAGAUAGGAAGUUGUUUAUUGGAAUGAUAUCGAAGAAGUGCAAUGAGAAUGAUAUCCGAGUGAUGUUCUCCCCCUUUGGGCAGAUAGAAGAAUGCAGGAUAUUACGGGGCCCAGAUGGGCUGAGCCGAGGUUGUGCAUUUGUGACUUUUACAACAAGAGCCAUGGCGCAAACAGCAAUCAAAGCAAUGCACCAAGCGCAAACCAUGGAGGGUUGCUCUUCUCCCAUUGUGGUAAAAUUUGCAGACACGCAGAAGGACAAAGAGCAGAAACGAAUUGCUCAGCAACUCCAGCAACAAAUGCAGCAGAUCAGUGCUGCCUCUGUAUGGGGAAACCUGGCUGGUCUCAACACGCUUGGACCGCAAUACUUAGCACUUUAUUUGCAGCUCCUUCAGCAAACAGCAGCAGCCUCAUCUGGGAACCUGAACACGUUGAGCAGCCUCCACCCAAUGGGAGGACUGAAUGCGAUGCAGUUACAGAACCUAGCUGCGUUAGCAGCUGCAGCCAGUGCAGCUCAGAACACACCAAGUGGCACCGCUGCACUCACCUCCUCCAGCAGUCCCCUGAGUGUGCUCACCAGCUCAGCAGGUUCCUCACCUAGCUCCAGUAGCAGCUCCUCUGUUAAUCCCAUGGCUUCUCUUGGAGCAUUGCAGACACUGGCAGGGGCUACAGCAGGCCUGAAUGUUAGCUCUCUAGCAGGCAUGGCAGCUUUAAAUGGAGGACUUGGCAGUGGUGGUCUUUCAAAUGGGACAGGUAGCACAAUGGAAGCUCUCACACAGGCUUAUUCUGGAAUCCAGCAAUAUGCUGCUGCUGCAUUGCCCACACUCUAUAACCAGAGUCUUUUAACACAGCAGAGUAUUGGUGCAGCAGGAAGUCAAAAAGAAGGUCCAGAGGGAGCCAAUCUGUUUAUCUACCAUCUCCCCCAGGAGUUUGGGGAUCAGGAUCUGCUGCAGAUGUUUAUGCCAUUUGGAAAUGUUGUCUCUGCCAAGGUUUUCAUUGACAAGCAGACCAAUCUAAGCAAGUGUUUUGGUUUUGUAAGUUAUGACAAUCCUGUCUCUGCACAGGCUGCCAUUCAGUCAAUGAACGGCUUUCAGAUCGGCAUGAAGCGUCUGAAAGUACAGCUCAAGCGCUCUAAGAAUGACAGCAAGCCAUACUGAGCGCCCCUCCCCUCCGGGACUGGAGUGAGAAGGAUCUUUUGGUAAGUUGGAGAGGAGCGCACUUAGUGAUUCGAAGCCCUAAGGCUGUGUUUUUACAGUCCUGGAAGCUGAUCCAUGCCGUUCUAUCUGGCACGUCUUCCCCUGAAGACUCGGCUGCAGCCUCUACUGAGAAUCCUGCUUCGAAUGAAGGACAAGUUUGUGCUUUUGUUUCCAGUGUUUUACUUUGGAGUUUAGGUGCCAUAUCGCUGAGGUUGUUGUUUUUUUUUUGGUUUUUUUUUUUUUCCCUUAUUUAAGUUUGCUGUGUUUGUAACCAGUGUGUGUUGAGAAGGACCAAUGCCAGCUCCUUAGGGGUGGGGAGGUAAGGUCAAAGGGAGCCGCAGAAACUGAAACCACACUGCCUUGGGGUAGAGAAAAGAAGGGGAAGCAGAACUGACACCACACUGCCAUGGGGAGAGGAGAAGGGAAAGCAGAAAUAACACUGAGCAGCUGAUGGAGACAAAGAUGGGGAAGGAAAACUGAGUUUAUCUAAGUUUGGGUGAGCAAAGAACCAACACAAAAUAGCCUUUGUCAUGCCACACCCACUCUUUGAUGCUUCCUUAACUGUAUGCCAUGGUGAGGAAUUAAUAAAUCAUCUCUAAAGCAGAAGAUAGGCUGGAAGGGUGAGCACAUUAACGAGCCAAAGGAAAACUGCAGUGUUUUUUUGUUUGCUGUAUAUGAAAUAGUGUGUAUGUAGCACUGUGAAUGUACACAGCACUUUAUAAAAUUAGAUAAUGUCUGCCCAGAAAAUUUCACUAUUUGCUGCUGAAUGUUAAUGAGAUGCAGUGGAUUUCACCAUUUUUAAGAGAACUUAUCCUUUAACUUGGUUUAGAGAGACAUAGCUUAGAGUCUGGAUGAACAUGUCUGAGGCUGGAAACAGGAAAUUUUCAAUCUCUGAUAACCUGCAGAAUUUUUCGCCAGUUUUUUUUUUCCUAACAAUUCAUUACAUUCUCCAUUUCUAUGGAGUAAUGUCCUUUUCACAGAGUAGUACUUUGAAUUCAUUCUGAUAAGCGUAAUAUGUACUGUUUGUUUCUCUGUUAACUGUUAAAUUGAGAUACAGAGCAUGGAGUUACCCUAAAACAGUUCUUGAAGCUCCUGCUUUAUACUUGUUUUUAUAGGACUUCCUUUCUUGGUCUUUCUGUUCCAAAGAUAAUUACCUAUUCAAAAAAAUAAUAAUCUAAUUUGUGCAGUGAUAUAGUCUAGUAGAUAGGUAUUUCUUUAUACUGCAGUUUUCCUUUAAGGUGGUGUGUAUCAGUGCAUAGCAGGGCUAACACAGAGCAUUGAGCCAUUCAGUCUUAUUCCACGUUUUGGUCCGUUAUCUUUUAUACUGAAGGAAAAAUAAACACAACCCUUCAAUCAGCACACUUUUUUUUUUUUAUGCAUACAUGUGAAAUUGCUAGUGCAUUGCUAUAAGGGCCUUCUACCCUGGUUUUAGGGGCUCAAAGGACUUUUGACACUCUGGCCUGAGUUGUUCUAAGAAAUCAGAGUAGAGUCCUGCAUCAUAACCACCAAAACCCACCUCUGUCGGAAGAGAAAGUUUACAAUUUCUGUAUGUCUUUAACAAAAAUUCCAUUUACCUCAUAUUUUCUCCUUGUCCUUAUUUCCUUGGUAUUUCCGGUUGUUGCUGUUUCCCAGGACGUGAGCUAUCGCUGCAGCUUGGGAUUCAGCUUCUAAAUAAUGAAUGUGUGGAGUCAGACGUAGGGCUUGGACUUUCUAUUCUGCUCCAGCAGGAGGAGCACUAAACCCAUCAAAACAUCAUGUUCAAUCUGUGUGCCCACGAGCAGUGAACUGUUGGGAAUCUCGUGCAUUCCCAUUCUCAAACCUCAGAAGUACAAGGCCUGACCCAUAGCAGAAGAGCCCUUUUCAUUGUUAAAUUGAAAAUCAGUGAGUUGAUGCCUGUAGAUAUUGAUGGCAUAUAGGCAAACCUAUCAGUAUUUUUCAAAUUAUUUUGUGAUGGCAAACGUUCAAAGGCCAGAUUGCCAAAUUUCCCAGUUAUGCUGGCAUGUGGUACCCUUCAAUGUUAUUUAUUUGGAUCUCUCUAAAAACGUAAACAUUUAAGUGAGCCAUGUACACUUGAAUCCUACACGAUGGGAAAGUUGUGUCCUGGUUUUUUGAGAAGAGAGUGUUGGAGUGUGAAGGCCUCCAGGGUGAUAAUGGGAUUUUUUAUAAAUAAUAUACUUUUAAGAAAAAAAAAAAAAAAGAAAAAAAAAAAGAAAAAAAAAAUAGUUGGGAGCAGCUGCUCCAGGUGCAACCUGCUGUAACCAAGAAUGUUGUUUCUAUUUUUAUAGAAGUUUUAUACCGCUCCAGGGUGGAGAGUAUUUAUUACCUAAAUUAUUUCACUGGAAAAAAAAAAAAAAGGCCAGGGUUUUGUAGAAUCCUGAAUGUGAUUGUUUUACACUCAUAAUGAUGUGCACAAUUGAAACUACUGAGUGGCCUGUUUGCAGCCCAACAACUGCCAAAUGGGAGAGAUGAAUGCUGUGAACCAGUGGAGGAGAGCACUGUGCUCUGGGGUCUCUACAGUCACUCUUACCUUCUUUGCACCCUACCCCACUGUGCUAUCUGAGAACUUUGUCUCGUUUUUCUUUUAAUCUGAUGCUCUGGCCUCUUUAGUAGUCAUUUCAGCUGCCCAAAGUUAGACAUUUUAGCUUUCACAUCCUACGGCUUGUCCUCAGUGCUGUGACUUACAGAUCAAGCUGGGCAUUGUUGCAGAUAGGUGCUUAGGAGAUUAACCUUUAUACUGUUUGUUCAGUGACUCCUCCCAGACGUAACCACCUUAGACAGGUAACUUGGGCUAGUUCUUGUGCCUUACUGGCAUAACUACAUUGUAAGUAUUGCCAAAAAGGAAGAAAACAAAACAAAAAACUAUGCAGGUUAAAUUCUAAAAUAUGUGAUCUUCAGUUGGUUUGAAUGAAUGUAGUUCUGCUUUCUUCAGUAGAGCUGCAUCAAUUUUCACCAGCUGAAGAUGUUGCCCUUUUUCUGUAUAUGUUGGAGAUUUCCCUUUUUUGGUGUAUCAGUGUAUAUGUUGCCAAAGUUAAUAAAUGUAUCAAGUUUGUGACUUUAGCAGAUUUUUCUUCUGAUAACAGAACUGGUCAGAUAAAGUUAACAUUCCUGUGUCUUUCUGGUUGCUGCUGCUCAAUCUAGAGACUUAGGUUCUUGCCUUCCAGUUCUAAGUCAGUUUUCUUCCUCACUGUCUGUCAGGAAGGAAAGUCUAAGACUGCUGGGAAGGAAGCUCGAGGUUUAUUUUAUCUUAUUUCUAAUUCCUACCAUGCUCUAUUCAAGCACAAAACAGAUCAGUCAGCUCUUGGGACUUGAUGGGAGCAAACUGCCCAAAACAAAGAAUUAGAUUCUGAUUAGUAUCUGUUUUGAAAGAAUAUAUUAAAAUAUUUUAGAAAUAAGGAAAUUAUCUGCAGAACAACAAUUAAGUAAUAGUAAUUUAAAAAGCAUCCUUGUAUAGGCCAGGGACAGUGAGAUUGGAAGGAAUGUUAAAAAGGCAUACGAAACAGCAGUAGCAAAACCAUUUGGGGGCAAACUUGACUCUUGAUUUUAUAAUAUGGGAAACUAUCAUCAGAUGUUUCUUGAUUAUAAUCUGUUCUUGUGUCAAACACUUUACUCCUGGAUAGCUCAAUAAGGACCAGAUGAGUUCAAAUAAGCUCUAGAGGGAUUAGCUUAAUUAGCCACACCGGCAAAAUUUUCUUUUAAUUCAAGCCAAAGAAUCUGAAAGUUUUUAAAACAAAGCCUCAUGAGACUUCUCAUGAAAUAGAAUUGCACAUUACCUGUGUCACCAGAAAAUACUUACGUACUUUCUAGAAGCAAGAUGGAAAUGUGUCUACUUUAUACAUUUGUCUCAGAAUAUAUUUGAUUUUACUAGAUAUAUUGUAAUAAUAUGAAAAUAUUAUGAAUGAUUUAAGUCUUAGUCUGAUCCUAUUUAGUAUGUAGUACCGUUGCAAAUGAACUCAUAGAUCCUUCUGUCUCAUAGAUAACCAACAGUUCAAAAUUAGAAACCUCCCUAUAAAUUAUUCUUUUCCCUUCUGCAGUACAGACCUUGCACUGUUAGGAAAUGCCUUUGAUACAUAGUCCUUAAAUUUGAAAUCUAAGCAGAAGAGAAUUGGAACUUCUCAAAAGUAUGAGACAAUGACAGUGAAUUUCUUUUUAUAUUUCAAUGAUAAAAUAGAAUCUGCAGCUAGUAAAGUAUUUUCUGGAAAAUAUGUGCCUCAGAAAAUUUCUGACCACAUAAAAUCAAUAAAGGAAAAAGCUUUAAAUCUGAAUAACAAGUUACACAUUGUAAUAGUUUUUGCUUGUAUCAUACAGUCAGCUGAAGUAUUUCUUGCUAAUAGUUGUGAGGUAGGGAAGGGCAACUGGGCAGAAUCCAUCAAGUUAUGAAGUUGUUUCUAAGUGUUUUAUUUGGAAGCAUCUUAAAAACAAACAAAAACUUGAAUAAAGCAAGCUGCAAAUGGGAGUGCUGCUAUGAACAAGCAAAAUACUUUGAAAGGUUUUUGUUGCAGACAUUUAAACAUAAGGGUGUUAUACAUCCCUGAGCAUACUUACUACAAAGUAUAAGCUACAGAAUGCAGAACAGUUGCAUUACAAUAUCAUAGUCAUGGGAAUAGAACAAGGACAAGCUGAAAUGAUUUUCUCCAAGCAAUUGAGUUCUCAUUCAGUUUCUCAUGGCUGCUUCCUAAUGGCUUUAUUGGAACUUAGCGACUUGAGUGGUAAUUCUAAGUGAAACAUUUGAAAAAUCUGUUCAAAAAGCCUAAACAAAUCACACUCUCAAUUCCGAAUGGUGCAUGCUAGGCACCACUUGAUUUCAUGCCAUGUCUCAGAUCAUGAGAAGUUUCUGGUUAGAACUUAAAACCUCGCAGCUAGAGCAUUUCUAGAACUGUGGAAAUAAUUGCAAGAGUUCUAUUGUACUCUGCUGGAGUUUGUUUCUACUCCACGCGAAGUCCUUUCUCUAAACUGGAAAGCAUGAAGAGCAAAGUAAUCUUAGCAUUAAGUAGUCUCACAGUUUUAAUGGGCAAUGUACUGCCUUUUGCUUUGGAGCUAGAAUAUAAUCCUUUGUAUUUCUGAACAAACCAUGAAUGCUGUAAUAUAAUAUGAAAGUCUCAUCCUGCACUAGUCACCAGCUUUGAGAGGUGCGGAGAAAAUAAGGCAGCAUACAGGAAAUAAAACAGAGUUCAGGAGAGUUGAGAAAAGCCUUGUUUCCUCUCUCCUGCUUUCCUCACUCUUCCCAAAACGUUUCUUCUCUUUUGCAGUUCCAGAGGUUGAGGGGAGGAAACUAAGGUAUAUCAAAAUUUAAGAAUUAACAUAUACACCUUAUGAAUGGUUCAGGAUACAUAUUUUUCUAUUCAUCAGACUGGCAACAGUGACUGUAGAGCUACUCAGAGCCCAGAAUCCCCUCCUUGCAAAGCCAGGGAGCUGGGGGCUGUUUAUGUUAAAGGCUGGGAAAGGAAAAUCCCUGUGCAGGUCGAAUGGUAUGGAAAGUACUCAGCUAGGACAAGUCUUAACUAGCAGUCAAGUCUUAAGGAGUUCUUCUCUAAUGUGUAGGGUUUUUGGUUCCACUUACUUGUCUUGUAUAAUCUUUUUAUUUUCCUGUUCCAAACUACCCAACUCCACAGUUUCAUGAGCUACUAGGGAAUGAAAAGGGGCUGUAGCUGAAGGAAAGAACAUGGAUUUCCUGGGCUACCACUGCCUAUGAAAUUCCCAUGUUAGGAUGCUAAAAAAGCGUCAGCUGUCAAACCACCUGUGAAUCCCACUGAGUCCUCUGUCUUGUCUCUCACAGUCUCAAUCUCUGUGGUUGACUGAGCACUGGAGCCCUAUUUUUUUUUUAAUCAGUCUCCUGAGGAGGGUGCUUGCUCUGUUCUUCUCUUAAACAGAGCUAGUGGGGACCCUAGACAACGGGACAGGGUGAACCAUAGUAGUCAGUGUGGCACUAGGCCAUGGCAUGCUCCACAGAGUGGAUGCUGAGGAAAAUUGAGGCCUGUGUUUCCAUUUAGUUUCUGGCAGUUUGAUGUUUACUUGGUGUCCUUCAUGUACUUUGACUUUUACUUGUCCAUCGUUGGCAUGUGCUGCCCUUCCCUGUCAACUCCCUUCCCCAGGAGGUCUCAUUGUACAGUGCCCAUUCUUGUUCUCUCUCUCCUUGUUUGGAUGUACUGCUCUGUGUAACUCAGUGGGUCUCCCUCUUUCUGGUUUGUUUUUUUUCUAGAUUCCUGCCGUUUGUUCAUCGUUGUGCCUAAAGCAUGUCGAUGUGGCGUUCAAGUACAUCGUCCAAAUCCUUGUCUCUUCAGCUUCUCUGAUGCUUGAACUCUCACCUUUGACCUUGUGUUGACCUUUGAUGCUGAUGUGUAUUUUUAUUAUGUUUGUUUCUUUCUUUGUUUUUUUUUUUUUU